AUGAGCACAUCGCAGAAACAUAAGGACUUUGUCAGUGAAACCAUGGGUGAGAAGCCUGUCACCGAUGUAGCUGGAAUUGGUGAAACCUAUGGCAAAAAAUUAAUUGAAAAGGUAUGUUUGUUUUGUUGUAGUUUUCUGUGGUUUAGGUUGAAAAAGCAACGUCUUUUUUUGGUUAUGGCUGUAAAUUUUUUUUUAACUUUUAAAUUACUUCAAUGUAUACGAGUUUUCAAGUCUGUAACGUCUUUUAUAAUAAAGUUGAAGCGAAAAUUAGUUUAGGUGUCUAUUUUUGUACAAACUUAAAAAAUACGCCAAAGUAGUUGCCUUUUUCGAUUACAAUUUGAAAGUUUUAUCUAAAAAGCUAAAUGUAUUUUCAGGGUUUUGACAAGGCGUACGUGCUGUUGGGUCAAUUUCUGCUGCUUAAGAAGGACGAGGAUUGCUUUGUGGACUGGCUGAAGACAGAAUUCGGGUUUCAGGAACGAUAUGCCAAGUCUACUCACGCUUGUUUAAGCGAGUGGUGCGAAUUUAACUUGUAA